CGUAGAGUAAUAGUGUUCUGUAACCAUGCCACAGAUAACGAUAAUAUAGUACUCUAUAGAACUUUUAUAAAGAAAGAAAACCAUUUAAAACUUUUUAAAAGUUAAAUAUAAAGUGAUUUGUUUAAUGCUACGUAUUACAUUAUAUAGAUAAAAUUUGAAAUAAAAUGACUAAAAAAGCGGAAAACAAAAAUCCUAAUAAGAAAAAUCAAAACUCGUCUUCUCACAUAGUGAGUAAACUGAUAUUCAUAAGUGCAGCACUGAUUGGCUUACUCUCUUUCUACAUCUACAAUAUAAUCACAAUACCUCCAGAAGUGCCACAAUUUGACCUGAACCAAUGGUGGGGACCAUACCCUAUAGAUUUAAACCGUGACUUAUCUAUUCGACCAUUCACAAUAGAAUUUACUGAUGUUAUUAUAAACGAUCUACGUGAGCGCCUUCUCCAUCGGCGUGAAUUCACUCCACCUCUAGAAGAUGCUGGUUUCACUUACGGCUUCAACUCGAAUUUCCUCACUCAAGUUCUCGAUUAUUGGCAAAAUAAAUAUAAUUUUAAGGAUCGAGAGCAGUUUUUAAAUAGAUAUAACCAUUUCAAGACUAAUAUUCAGGGAUUGGAUAUACAUUUUGUGCAUGUAAAGCCACAAGUAUCUAAUCAUAUCCAUGUGAUACCCCUGCUAAUGUUGCAUGGAUGGCCAGGCUCCUUCCGUGAGUUUUAUGAGAUGAUAGUAAAGCUAGCCAGACCUCAUCCUAGUUACAAUUUUGUUUUUGAACUGAUCAUACCUAGUCUACCAGGAUUUGGAUAUUCUGAGGCGCCGGUCCGACCCGGUUUCGGUCCGGCCGAGAUGGCGGUCGUAAUUCGCAACCUGAUGCGACGCAUUGGUCACGAGCGGUACUACGUGCAUGGUGGGGACGCCGGUCACAUAGUCGGCAGUGUCAUGGCUACGCUCUUCCAAGACGAAGUGCUCGGCUUUCAUACUAACAUGCCGGUGUUGAUGUACCAUCCACUGGCCACCGCGUACACAUUAUUAGGUUCUAUAUGGCCCAGUCUUAUAGUGGAAAAAGAGCUAGAAAGUCGCUUGUACCCACUAAGUCAACAUUUUCAGAGACAUCUUGAAGAAUCUGGUUAUAUCCACAUUCAAGCCACUAAACCAGAUACCAUUGGUGCGGCGCUAACUGACUCGCCGACGGGUCUAGCCGCGUACAUUCUAGAAAAGUUUUCUACGUGGACCAACUAUGAAUACAAAAAGGCGGCAGAUGGCAAACUCCUUAUGAAAUACUCAUUGACACAUUUACUGGACAACGUGAUGAUAUAUUGGGCUACCAACAGUAUUACCACAAGUAUGAGGUUGUACUCGGAAGCUUGUAGUAAAAGGAAUUUGGCUCUUAAAUUGGACCAAAUACCAACAAAUGUGCCAACGUGGGGCAUAAAAUUCAAACACGAGUUGAUAUUCCAGCCCGACUCUCUCUUGCGUCUAAAAUACAAGAACUAUUUACACAGCACUAUUGUUGAAGACGGUGGUCACUUUGCCGCUUUGGAAAUGCCUGAUCUCUUGGCCGAUGAUGUUUUCGAAGCUGUUGAUACCUUCAUGGAAUUCCACAGUGGGAAAAAGGCAGAACAAGAAAGAAACCUGCCGAAGGACGAAACGGCAAAAAAUAUAUACGAAUUCACAGCGUUAAAUGUGUACGGGAAAAAUGUGAAAUUAGACGAAUACAAAGGACAUGUACUAGUAAUAGUUGAUGCGUCGAACCAACGUUCAAUCGCAAACAGCGACUAUGAACAAUUGAAUGAGUUACUCUAUAAAUACGGUAAUAGUAAAGGCCUACGUAUACUGUUAUUCCCUUCUCAACAUAAUGUGUAUAUAAAUUUAUACAACUUUUCUGUAAAGAAUCACGUCGAAUUCGAUAUCUUUCAAAAAGUCGAAACAAACGGUGAAAACGCACAUCCUCUUUGGAAGUUUUUGAAACAAAAAAAAACUACAUCUGGAGAUUUUUCAAAGUGCAUCGUAGACAGUAAAGGAGUACCGAUAGAGUGGUUCAGUGGUAAUUUAGAUCCGUUAGAUUUGGAUGGAUUCUUGGAUGGUUACUUCAAUUCCGAUAUAGAAGACUAUUAAUAUAUACGUCCUGGCGUCGCACGGGUGGACAUUUUUAACAUUUCCCUUCACUGCUCUGCUUCUAUUGAUCGUAGCGUGAUGAAAAGUAUACUAUAACCUGCCCAGGAGUAUGAAGAAUAAUUGUACCAAGUUUCGUUAAAAUCCGUCGAGUAGUUUCUGUUUCUAUUUCGAACAUACAGACAGACAGACAGACACUACUGAUUGCAUUUUUGGUAUCAGUAUCGAUCACUAAUCACCCUCUGAUAGUUAGUUUGGAAAUAUAUUUCAUGUACAGAAUUCACCUCUCUACAGAUUUAUUAUAAGUAUAGAUAUAAUACAAUUCUAUUUUUAUGUAUAAAUUUAGUCAUACAGAGACACUGGGUUCGUUGCACGCAUACGUGUAGCCUAACUUCAGGCUGCAGCAGAAAAUCAGUGCUUUGCUUUUAAGCAAAACCAUCACUGAACCUAUUUGGGUCACUGCGACACACAUGGCGAAAACAUAUUUUUAUAUUUUAUCUUUUAUUUGUUAUUCACUACUCAUUUGUUAAUUUACGUGUGUCAUAAAUGGCUCCAAUAAAGUUUUUAACUAUCUAUCUAUCUGUUAAGAAGUUAUACUACUUAUAUGGUAAAUACAAUGGUGUUAAUAUCAUGUCCAAGUUAGAACAAUUAUUUUUAUAACACGAUUUUCUUUUUCGUCACUAUACUAGACGAUAUUCUUACUAUUAUUUAAAUAUUUUAAUGAGAAAGUGAAUUUGUUACCUUAUAGCGCCUUAACGCCUCUACCAAUUACUAUGAAAUUUGGCACACACACACUAUAUGAGACGGAGAAAGAUAUAGACUACUUUUCAUUCUGGUCAUGUAAACUAUGUUAAGAAUCGUCUGCCAAAUGAAACGAGAGAAGAGAGAAAUAUACGCAUGAUUUCUAGAUGAAAAGAUGUUGCAUAUGAUAUCCAACCAAAACUAAAUAUAGUGAAAACAUGGCUCAAAAUUUCAAGCGGUUAAAUUGUAUAAUAAAUUACCCACUGCAUUAAAAACUAUUAAAGAUUGGAGAAUUUUGAAAAUAAAACUUUAUACUCUUUUUUUGUAGUAGAUGUACCUUACAUCUACUCAAUUGAUGAAUUUUAAAAUACUCUUUUAAUAUUUUAUGCCUUACUAAUGAUAUUUGUAAAUUGAUUGUAAUGUUAUUUUUGACAAUUAUUAUUGGUUAUUUUAUUGCUUCAUAUUUUUUUUGUUUUGUUAUAUUUUAUGAUAUCUUCUUGUUACUUGUAAAAAUAUUCAACACAAUGCAGUAUUGUAGCGAAUAAAAAUAAAUUGAAUUGAAUUGAAAAAAAAAACUAGCGGAUAAAAGUUAGUGAUAAUAUAAAUAGUUUAUUUAGAUUAUCACUAACUUUUAUUUGAUUCGACAAACUUUGCUCCUUACAGCCACUUACCAAGUCCAAUAUUUCUAUCCUAUCUCUAAUUUAAGAUGUUGACAAAGCCUUUAAUUUUUUUUUUAUAAUAUUUAUUUAAUUAUUCAUUAAAAAUAAUUAUAACAAUAAU